CGAGACCCGUCUCCGGCUAUAAAAUGCCAGCCCUAGGGCUAGGUCCGCCUCAGCGUGUCCCCAUUCCGAUCCGUUGCUCAUCCAUUCCGGCGCCGCCUCCAGCCUAGGGUUUCCGUCUCCCGCCCUCACCACCCGCCAUGGCUCGCCGCAGCGGAGGAGGAAGGUCUUCCCGCCCUGCUCCACGUGCUGCUCCUGUGAGAAACCCACCAGCUCCAGCCCGUCAAGCUCCUCCUCCUGCUACUACCCAGAGCAGCGGUGGCGGUAUCAUGAGCGGAAUUGGGUCCACUAUUGCUCAGGGCAUGGCUUUCGGUACUGGCAGUGCUAUGGCGCACAGGGCUGUUGACGCUGUGAUGGGUCCCCGUACCAUUCAGCAUGAGACUGUUGUGUCUGAGGCCGCUGCAUCUAUGACUCCAAUGGACAAUGCUGCUGAUGAUAAGUGUGGCAACCCAUCCAAGGCCUUCCAAGAUUGCAUCAACCACUACGGCAGCGACAUCAGCAAGUGCCAGUUCUACCUUGACAUGCUGAACGAGUGCCGCCGGGGAGGAGCUGGGGCUGGUUCAACUCUUUAAGCUGCUGCUGCUGCUGCUGCUAUCUUGAUUUGGGCUUAAUUUGUCGGAACCUGUUUUCAGUCAUGAUGAUGAUAUAUAUAUCUUUUAAAUAAUUCAUUGGCGAUAUUCUGAACCUAUAUGCCACAGCAUGUCUAUUACCCUAGUUUGUGGUCUCUGCUGUCCUGGGAGUAUUUCCUUGUAUUGAUGUUGGAAUUACCUUCAUGGCACUGGGUAUAAAUAUGGAGUUUAAAUA